GCCGCGGCCCUGGGGCGGAGCGGGGCCCCCGGAGCCCAGCGGGGCGGGCGCGGAGCGGCGGCGGCUGCGGGCGCGUCCAGGAGGGAUGUCGGGGACCCGCUGCCAGGCGCUGUACCCCUUCUCCGGGGAGCGGCACCAGCAGGGGCUGCGCUUCGCCGCGGGAGAGCUGAUCACGGUGCUGCAGGUGCCAGACGGCGGUUGGUGGGAAGGGCAGAAGGAGGACGGGCUGCGCGGCUGGUUCCCGGCCAGCUACGUCCAGCUCCUGGAGCAGAAGCCCAGAAAGGCAGCUCCUCAGGCAGGAGAAGAUACCUUGAACAGCCACCUUCCCCCCGGCUGGCAGAGCUACAUGUCUCCCCAGGGUCGCAGGUACUAUGUGAACACCUUCACAAAUGAAACGACCUGGGAGCGUCCAAGCAGUGUGCCUGGGACUCCAAAGAGCCCUGUGUCACAGAAGAGUUCUGCAGUGAAUGGCUACUACAUCUCUGGGUCCCCGGUACACCAGCUCGACUCAGGUCAUAUGAGCCUCCGAAAAGCCACUGGGGACACCCAGAGCCCCGGGCCCCCGGCGGCGCCGCGGCGGCAGAGCAAGGAGAGCAGCCUGACGAUCAACUGUGUGACUUUCCCCCACCCUGACGUAAUGCCAGAGCAGCAGUUGCUGAAACCUUCAGAGUGGAGCUACUGUGAUUAUUUCUGGGCAGAUAAGAAGGACUCACAAGGGAACAAUACAGURUCGGGAUUUGAAAUUCUUCUUCAGAAGCAACUUAAAGGGAAACAAAUGCAGAAAGAAAUGGCAGAGUUUGUGCGAGAAAGGAUAAAGAUUGAGGAGGAGUAUGCUAAGAACCUGUCCAAACUGUCUCAGAAUUCCUUGGCUGCUCAGGAGGAAGGCACACUGGGAGAAGCUUGGGCUCAGCUCAAGAAGAGUCUAGCUGAUGAAGCAGAGGUUCAUCUCAAAUUUUCUUCUAAGCUUCAGAGUGAGGUAGAGAAACCCCUGCUCAACUUCAGAGAGAACUUCAAGAAAGACAUGAAGAAGUGUGACCAUCACAUCGCAGAYUUACGAAAGCACCUGGCCAGCCGCUACACAGCAGUGGAAAAGGCCCGGAAAGCUUUGACAGAGAGACAGAAGGAUCUGGAAAUGAAAACRCAGCAACUAGAGGUGAAACUCAGCAACAAGACAGAAGAGGAAAUCAAGAAGGCAAGACGGAAGUCCACUCAGGCAGGAGAUGACCUGAUGCGCUGUGUGGAUCUUUACAAUCAAGCCCAGUCCAAGUGGUUUGAGGAGAUGGUGACCACCACUCUGGAGCUUGAGAGACUAGAAGUUGAAAGGGUGGAGAUGAUUCGGCAGCAUCUGUGCCAAUACACACAGCUGCGGCAUGAGACAGACAUGUUCAACCAAAGUACAGUAGAACUUGUGGAUCAGUUGCUUCGGAAAGUGGAUCCUGCCAAAGACAGGGAACUGUGGGUCAAAGAACACAAAACUGGAGAUAUCCGACCUGUGGACAUGGAAAUAUAGACUGAUCUAUAGUUGGAUGUGAUGAGUCCACUGAAUUCAGCAGGUUAAUGUUUGUUUUUAAGGGUCAAAAGAGCAUAGGGAAAAGAUGGUUUCACUACCAGACACCUUGUAAUUUAUGCCUGUAUGGGCUAUCUCUGUUCCAUGUAGUCAUUACAAUGGUCCUCGUUGUGCUAAGCCUUAAGCACCAGACAUUCCAGGAUGAAAAAACAAUGUGUGCUUCCCACCAGAGAYUCCCAAUUGCACGCAGCUUCCAGAAGAAAUCUGCUUUCUGGUACAGAAAGUGCUCUGUUCUUCAGUGACUUUGUGCUUCACCCCUUGCAUGACUGUCUUUAUACAGUAUGUUAGAACAACCRUGCAGUGAGCCUCUGGCCAGCAAGUAGAUAACUGAAUAUGAUGCAGGAGACAAGGAAGUCCUGAUCAUGAAUUCCASGUCUAUCACUGACUGCUUUGAUGGCCAUAGGCAAGUCAAUUAACUUCCCUGGCUCCCUCAUCUAUAAAAUAUGCGUAUCUUGCAGCAAUGUUGUGUGAAUACAUCAAUUUCAUAUAACACUGUCAUUCACCAUGGCAGUGAAGUGAUGGCCCUUCUCCCAAAAUCUAUGGAGAAGAUUCCUGUUCUUCCUGUUUUAUACUCCCUCUCAGGAAUACAUMAAUCCAUUUUCAUGAUUUCUGUUGUAGGCCAACUGAUAAGUUUGAAAGUGUUACCAUCACAAUUUUCAUCAGGAAAGACUUGGUUGUACUUUAUCUACCUCAUUAGCUGUCAGAGUGCCCUCAGUGACAGAGAGGUUAUAUACCAAGGAGUAAAUGAGAUGUUAAAAAUCUUUCCUGCUCAUGCAAGGUUUUUCUUCACAUAAUCUCCUUAAAGACAGUCCUCUAACAGUUUACUUGGGUUUCAGGUUUAAAUUUCCUUUGUUGGUUUCUUURGGUGAGUAUCACAGACUUUAAUUAUUUUUAAUUACCAAGUUUGUGCAGCUGAAUUUUGGCUUUUAUCUUUUUGGAGCCUGAUUUUCAAAGGUGCCAUGAAUAUGCGAUGUUAGAUUGCAUUCAGUGUAGAUGUAGGUGCCCAGCACUUCUGUACCAUCAGAGUCUUCACCUGAGGUUCUUUUCUAUGUUACCCUUACUUCAAACCACCAAAAAUUCAACACUUCUCCUAGCAAAUAGUAUUAUGUAGUUUGGAGACURGUUUUGAAAAGGUAUUUAUUUUCUUCUGCUGUUAUUUCUGAUUGAUUAUUCAGUGUCGCUGUUAAUAUAUUUUUCCAGCAUUUCAUACAAUGCAAAGAUUCUUCAGAUUCUUGCUUUAAAUGCAGAAGAAACCUUGAUUCUCACCACUGUGGCCUUUACUUAAUGUUUACUGUGGUCUUAGCUACAAUUUCCCAAACUGUACUAUUUCAUUUGAUCCACAGUUAUGCUCCCAUUUUAUCACAUUGUCUUUUUCCCCCCAGGCCCAGAAUUGCAUAUUUCUUUUGUUCUACUGCUAUUCCAGGUUUUUGUUCACCAUCUUCAAAGUGCUGUGAUUAGGUCAYUGAGAGUCAGUAUUCUUCUUUACAAAUACAAACUGACACAGARAAGUCUUAUCUGAAGCAUGUUUAAAACAUUGCUGCAGUGGUUAUUUUUUUGGUUUAUCAUUUCAAACUGAAUUCUCUUGCAUCUUUCUAUUGCUCGCUUUUUCUUAACCAUCUCUUUACUAGUGCAGGUUCAUUCCUGUCUUGCAAAUGCCUUCACAACUCACUUCUCUGUGCUUCAUUAACCUUUAUGGUUAGGAUCACUAUUCCUGGUGUGACACUUCCUGUGCUGCACUUCCAUUGCAGAUUUUGGAAUUUGGAUUACUGUUUUACUCUUGAUGUUGGAAGAGCAUACUCUGAUGUGAACCUCACCUAAGUUCCUGCAGAGACCAUUACAACACCAGUUGAAGUGUUUGGUUUGCCCGAGUGUCACUUAGUCCUUGAGCUUAGCUGGAGCCCAUAUGCCUCCCUGGAAUCCUCUUCUUCCCUUCUUCCCUCAAGCACAGAGUUGAUGAUCUCUCCUUUUCAGUCUCUUUUCCAGUGAUUCAUUUGCUAUCUUACUAAUUUUUGGGCAUAUCAGUGUGUACUUUUCCUAACUCUUACCUUGUACUUCAGAGGACAGGCACUUCUUUGUUUUUUAAACCACAAGUGCAGGUUGAAUGUUCAAAAUGUCAGUGGCCAAAAUAAUGCAAAUACAUGAAAGMUGCAUUUCAGGUUGCCCCAUGUUCUAGGCUGUAUUGUAUAAUUGAAAUGAGCAAUCUUGACAAUGCCUCAGCACAUUCUUGUUUUGAUUGCAAAGUGAAGCUAGUCGUGCACUUUAUACAAUAUUCUCCUUAAUAAAUAUCUGAAAUAAUCUGUUAGCAAUUACACUUUAUUUUUCCUUUUUCUUUAAAGAUGUUUGUUAUUUUAUCUAUUUUGGACAGGAAAUACUGUCCAUUGGCACAGGUUUCUCUGGGAACUGAAUUGUGUUUUGGUUCCUCUGCUAAGGUUUAUUUAAGCUGCUCUAAAUUCUUAGUUGGGUUUUUUAGGGUUUUUUUUGUUGUAUUUGUUUGUUUGGGGUGUUUUGUUUGUUUGGAGGUUGUUUUGGUUUUUUUUUUUACUUUUGGUUUUAUUUUCUGACAGUUUUCCUGCUUCUAGUUCUUGGUCCAUUUGAAAUGUUUUAGGGAUGUGAGUUGCCCAGAACAGUAAUUCUCUUGAUGGAAUCUGUGUCUUUUACUCACUUCAGUAACCAGAGGAGAGCACAGGUACCUGGCUGUUGAUCUUUCCUAGCCCCAGGAGACUCACACACACUUCUGCUCCACAACAGAUGAGAUGUUUCAUCUAUGGCAUCACUACCAUCUGUAUUCAGUGGAAGUGUUAGGAAGUUUUGCUGUUGCUUGUAAACAUUUUCCACCUUAUUUCUUUCAAAAGAUUAUAUUCCUUCCUGAUAUGACAUGCAGACAUGGGAUCAGUGUUACCUGGCUCAUUCUCUUCUCUGACUGAUGGAUCGUGGUUAGUGUGAUACCUUAAGGGUCAGAGCAUGCAUCUUCAAAGAGGGUAGUGGAAUGUUUAAAGGAAAGCAUGGGUUCCUGCUCUCKUGUUCAUUCCUAAGAAGGUAACUUUGGGAGUUUCAGCAUUGCUCUAUUUAUCUUGCACUGAGUUUCAAAAAUGCAGUGGAGCCCAGUCUGUCUUCAUGCUCCUCCUAAGCMGCAGCUUCUCCAGAGCAAGAUUAAGGUUGGUGUUAUAUUAAAAUACUGGCAUGURUGAAUGCUGCACGAUGAUGCUGCAGUGUAACUGACUGAUAGAAUACCAAAAUAAGUUUCUUACCUCCAUACAUACUGAGCUUAAGCAUCAUCUCUUUUGAUCUGGCAGCUCACAUGCUUGAUGUGAAUUUUUGSUUGUUUAGUCACUGUGGGUAUCAGACUGGCAGGGUUGUCUUACAUCUUCAUAUKCUCUGAGGUCACAGAGCAGGUGGGUUGUCAAUUAGUACUGUUUAUUUCACUGGCAGAAGUGGAACUAGUGGGAAUUUUCCUUUGGUCCUUCGCAGGUAGCUCUGCUUGCCCAGAUCUGUUGAAGCCAGAAGCUCAAAACCUGUGUUUUGGGAGUCCUGCCUCACCUGUGGCACCUGUGGAGCUCCCUCUCUGUUUGAGCCAUCAUGUCACACAUUUGUCCUGUGCUGGAUAGCUCUUUGGCAAUCUCUGUUUCAAGCCAGAGUCUUUUGUCUUAGCAGAAGGGCUUCCUGAUUUCCUGUGGUUUCAGAUGUGUUGAGUGUCAGCUUGCCAACUGUACCCUCAGCUGCCAUACAGAAUGAAAACUUUUUAUUCAUUAGCCAUACCUUCCUGCUUAUGUCUUCAGACUCAUCUUCUGGCACAGCUGAAAUUCUUCCUCUAAGGUAUUCUUUCAGCUUAUUUCCUAGUAGAACUCAUUCUGGGUCCAGUGCUGUUGGCUGAUUUCUGUUGGAGUUUAUGAGCUGAAAGCAGUGAGUCCUUCACCACAUGGACCAAAUGCACUCUUCUCCCAUUAGCAGCAAGAUUCCAGUUUCUUUCUUGGAGCAAUAUCCAAAAAAGCCUAAUUCUCAGAUUUCCAACCUGAUCCAGAUUCAAUCAUCUCUGUAGCUCACUCUUGUUCAUCACUUCUAUGGGUUGGAUAUCUUUUGAAAGACUUUGGUUGCUCCUUUACAGGGACAUUAGUUCAUUAUUGGACACUGGAAUUUUAGAAGAUAGCUUUAAUUUUUUUUUAACUCUAAAAUACUGUAACAGCAGUGAAAAUCAUACAGAAAUGUGUUACAUUUCUAGACUCCUCUCCCCUUCUUAGCCCUUUCUGAGCCCCUGGGAUGCAGUUGUGCUUCCCCAUAUGUUGCACAGGUAUGGUGAACACUGAAAUCGCACUUCCUUGAGUGCCUAACAGGCAGCAUGCAAACUUACGCACUGCUUCUUUUUCCCUUUAUGCAGCUUUAUUUUUUUCACUUGG